AUGGCUGUGGUCGGGCAUCUCAGUGAGAGCGAGACCGAAACGACAGAGGACUCGACCUCGAUGCUGGGCAGCUUCGAGCCCCGCAUCCGGCGCGCUGCCCCGCAGCAAGUCCGGAUGGUGCCGGCGGGGCCGUUCUAUGCUACCUAUCAUGGGCAUGAUGCUGGCUAUUUGGAGGUAUUGCUGGAUGGUCUGCUGGCCCUUCACCCUCAGGGCGCCACGAUCUAUUUGGCUGGCGACUCCUCACUGGACAACAAAACCUGGCUUUUCAAUCAGGGGGCUGCAGCGGAGCGAUGGCGUCCAGCAGGGUCCCAUGCUCCAGCCGUGAAUGGGUAUGAGCGGCUGCUGCAGCCUCCUAGAAUGGUCUGCGACGUGACCUUCUGGAUGAACCAACUGCUGUGCGACAUGCGCUCCCCAGCGUUUACGAUCAACACGGCUAUUGAAGCGACGACUCUGGCAAGCCGAGUGGGUGGUGUGCAGUUCUGCUGCUUUCCAUCUGUUUGCUGUGGACUCUUUGAGCAAGAGCAGCUGAUCCGUGAUCGGAUCCGGCCAUGCGACAUGUUGGUGAUCUCUGUGGGUGGCAACGACGUUGCCCUGGCCCCUUCCAUCUUCACAGUGCUGGCCAUGGUCCUAUUAAUGCUGACCCCGUGGCCGUUCCUGUUCUGGUUCCAUCCUGCCGUGGCAUACUUCAUCGGCAUGUACAAGUACCAGGUACAAUGCUAUAUUGAGCGGCUCACACACAGAACGCGCCCAUCAAAGAUAGGGGUUUGCAUGAUCUACAACCCCGACGAACGCAACGGCACGUCGUGGGCUAAUAUGGCCUUGUGCAUGCUAUGCUACACCUGCUUUCCGGGCAUGCUUCAGAGACGCUUGAGGUUAGUGUUCGAGCUGGCGCACUGCACCAUCCAGGUGCCAGGCUCGGAGGUUGUUCCCAUUCACUUGGCUGAUGCGUUGGACGGCCUCUGCACCGAGGACUACCACCAGCGCGUUGAGCCAAGCGUGAUCGGUGGCCAGAAGAUGGCCCGGCUCAUCCUCCAUCGAUUGGGAUGGCGCUGCGCAGACCAGUUGAGCUCAGCCUGA